CAUCUCUCGGAGCCUGACUGGUGCUUGUUAUCUAAGUGGCACGUUACAAAACAAGAAAUGAAGGAAAAGUCUGUGACCUGAAGGGCCUGUAAGUAGGAAAAGAGGAAAAUAAGGUUAUAAAUUUUGAGGAGUUAGAAGUGAGAUGAGAUUUUUUAGGUGGAAAGAAGUGUCUUUCAGUAGAGGAGCUGUUGGUUUGGAAAAGCAGCGAGGCUGGCAGGCGCACACACCCUUCAGGAACCCACUGUCUGUCAGAGUGACUCUCAGGACUGGUCCCAGAGCAUCACCAGCGUUAGCACCUGCCUUCAAGCCUGUGUUUAUUACACAACAGAAGAAACGCCUGUGCCAGACAGGAGCAAACAUGAGGUCGCCGUCAGAAGAGUCAGUCCCAUUACACGAAGAAUUUAUCUACUGUUGUGGAGCUGCUACUCAUGUCUUAAAGUGUGGACCCUGGAAAGACCUCUCAAAAGAUGAAAGUAAAAAUCUACCCCGGCUCUUAUUCAUGAUCAUUCCUGGUAACCCUGGACUGGCAGGUUAUUACAGGACCUUUAUACAGGCCUUAUAUUGUGGACUGAACCAGCAGUAUCCCGUGUGGGUUGUGAGCCAUGCCGGACAUUGUAAACCUCCCAGUGGGAUGGAAAUGAUAGAAGACACAGAUAUUAAGGAGCUAGAGGAUGUUUUUGGACUUAACGGACAAGUAGAGCAUAAGCUGAACUUCCUCAAAAAGAAUGUAUCAAAAGAUAUAAAGCUGGUACUGAUUGCUCAUUCUAUUGGUUGCUACAUCACCCUGGAGAUGAUGAAGCGAGCAUCAGAACUUCAGAGAAAUAUAGAAAAGUAGCCAGAAGAUUUCUGAAGAGAGAUGUCUUCUCUCUAUACUUUGUGUAAAAAUGUGAAAGGGUGCAUGCAGUGUAACCAACAGCAUGGUAGAAGCAUAAAUAAAUAUUCUUGAUUUGUGCAGCUU